GUAAGUUAGCUAAUCAUGGCGUGGUUUAAUAAAUGAAACAUUCAUAGAUGGUGUAGAUAAGUUUACUAUACGAAAUUGUAUUCUCAAUCAAAAUCUAACCCAGUGAACGUUAUAGAUUUUUAAAUAAAAAAAAAUGAGUCUACCAAAAGCAGACAAGAAUUAAACUUCGUCGUUAACGAAGUUAAACUUCGUGUGUGCUAUGUUUGCAUAUAACCUCUAAUUAUUGAAAGAGAAAAUGUCAACAAGGAAUGAAAAACUGAAAGAUCAAAUAAUCAUAAGUGAUUUUGAAGCAUCUUUAAAUUAAAAAGGAUUAUUAAUUAUACGCAAGAUAAAAAAAUGAGAAAAUAUUAUCAAGCUGCAUUAGCUAUAGUAGCUGUUGUAAGUUUAAUAUCAUUAUUGUUCUAUAGACAUGAAUAUAAUAAGUUAAGAUAUGUCUUAGAAGUUUUUAACUAUUUUGGUAAACCAGAUCAAAAACAAAUCAGCACAAAUUGCAUAAACAAUAAUGUAUCAUUUAUAGAACAUAAUAUAAAAUUAGAUGAACCUCUUUCAUCUUGGCAAAGAUUAAAUGAUGAUUUAUAUGUAUAUUCUGCAUACAAUUUAAGAAAUAAUAAAAUUCAUGCGAUAAGUUUUGGUAAAAAAAAUGCUAUAUCAAAUUUACAAUGUAUAAUAUAUUUUGAAGAUGAAAUAAAACCUUUUGUAGGAAAUUAUAAGUACAUUGUAAUCAGUAAUACUCCAUAUUUUGCAAAUGAAGAAGAAAAAGCAGGAUAUAAUGGAUAUUACUUAAUUUGUGUCUAUACAGGAAAUAAACUACCUAUUGGGGUGUCAUUUUUUACAGAAUUUGAUAAAGAUACUACUAAUGCUCCUAUCUUGUCUGUUGUGACACAACCACAAAAUUUAAAUAACAGUGGUAUAACAGUUUGUAUAAUACCACCAUUAUCGAAACCUAUGCAUGAAAUUGAUAUGAUUACUUUUUUAAGUUUUCAUGAAUUAAUAGGUAUAAAUAAUUUUAUAGCAUAUGAUUUUGGUAUUGCAAAUAUGUUAAACAAUCGUUUAAAAGAAUUAUCUAUAAGAAAUGUUCUACAAUCAAACUUUACAUAUACAACAGUACCAUGGAAUUUUCCUUUUAGCAAACUUGAUAUUAAUAUUAUGAGAGAUAUCAUAGAAGCAGAUUGUUUGCAUCGAACAUAUAAUAAAAUUAUGUAUAUUGUUACUUUAUCCUGGCAAGAAUAUAUAGCAUUAAAUUACCAUCAUUCAGUUGUAAACUUAUUAGCUGAUUAUAGAUCAUCCAAAUUAUUAGCAGAUCGUUAUAAAUUAAAUAGUUUGACAUUUUGUACAAAAGAACUAGAUAAUACUCUCUCUACAAACAUUACAUUAAUCAUGUAUAGAAAAAUACAAUUUGAUACAGAUCUUACUGACCAUUAUUCUAUUUUCAUAUCAAAGCCACACGAGGUAUUAUCAAAAAAUAAUGUCUACACUCAAAAAAUGACUAAAGACUUGAUCAUUGUUCAUAAUUAUAAAACUUGUAGUGAUGUUAAAAAAACCCAAAAAGUUAAUAUUUUUAAUACUUCUAUUCCAAGAUUUUCAAAGGAUAUAAAAAACUCGCCAAUUUUUACAAGAUUUAUCAACCAUUAGAGGGAUAACAAAAUAAAUUUUUUUGAUAGUCAUCGGUUUUUUGCUCGUAUAUUUUUGUAUUCAAUCAAUUUUUUUUUAUUAAAUUUGUAGUAACUCUAUUGCCAAUAAAAAUGCACAUUUAGUUAUUAAAUAAUUUUUUGCUAAAAAUAAAUUAUGAUUGACUUAUACUAAUAUCUUAAUAAUAUUAUUAAUUACUUUGAUAUUGCUAUAUUAAUUAAGAACAU